AUGACCAACAUCACUCAUCGCUAUGACUGGCUCUUUGACAAGGUUGUGACCUACGCGAGUCGUUUCGAGGAGUUUGUGCAAAUCUAUGCAGAGAACUCCGAGCUCACGGACUGUAGUGUCACUUUUGCCGAUGCGUCACUUGACGACUUCCGAGACGCGCUGGCAAAGUACCAGAAGCAGAAGGAGGACAUCCGCAGUAUGGGGCGAACGAAGGACAUCGGCAUCUUCCGCCUUGACUGUCAAGAGAUGCAGCGGAUGCUGUUGCCGUCGCCAACAGGCUGCUUCGAUCUGCUGGCUCAGUACAUCCCUGAGCUGGCUAUGACGAGAAGAGCCGAGUUGAGCGCCGAAAUCCAGGCUGCCAAUGAUAGGCUGAAGGAGUACCCUAACAACGUGGACGAGUAUGUCGAGUUCAAUGUACAUCUGGCCAAGAUCGACGCAUCGCUGCCAUCCUUGGAAAAGCGAUUCCUCGAGGUUCAAGAGAUGGCGGAGAUCAUUCGAGAGUUCGGCAUUCGAAUCGACAGUGAGACACGCAAGGCUUUCAACGACCUUGCCUCCGCCAAGAACCAGCUCAUGGCACAGGUCUCAAGUGGAAAGGAGCGGGCGGAGGUUGACGUGGCGCACUUCAGCAAGGCCCUGGAGGUGGAAAUUCCAGAACUUCGCAAAAGUGUCGGCGAGCAGCAGUCUAGAUUGGAUGCACCCGAUCUGUCUGACACCUCCAAAAUGUCGGCUGAAAGCCGCAAGGAAGUGCUCGCUUUCCUGGACGAGCUGCAAGAUCAUGUCAAUCAAUCCGUUGAAGAAGCGGCGAAGUUCAACCGCUACCAAGACGUCCUCAAGCUCGAGCCGACAGCUUUUGAAGAUGUGGAAGAGCUGAAGGCUUCUUUCCAGAUUCGAAACAAGUUGUGGCGAGGCAUCGAUGCAUGGGAGGAGCUCAGCUCCGAGUGGAACAACUGCUCUUUCGGGACGGUUGAUGUGGAAUCCAUUCAGAAGAAGGUUGCUGAGUACAACAAGGUCGCUGUCCAGUCCGUCAAAGCAAUGCCCGACAACCAGGUGCCGCAGAUUUGGGGCGAGUCAGUCACACAGUUCAAAAACACGCUUCCUGUGGUCGUGGCGCUGAGAAACAAAGCGCUAAAGCCGCGGCAUUGGGAGAUGAUCACCUCCAUGAUUGGCCAAGAGCUGGAGCUCGAGGACGAGGAGUUCACUCUGGGCGGCCUCUUGGCCAUGGGAGUGGAUCAGCACAUGGAAGCAAUUCUGGACGUGUCUGGCAAGGCCACCGCGGAACAAGGUUUGGAGGAGAUGUUGGACAAGGUCAAGAAGACGUGGGAUGACCUGGAGUUGGUUAUUAAUCCAUACAAGGACAGCAAGGAUGUCUUCGUUCUUGGAUCCGUUGAAGAUAUCACAGUGGCUCUCGAAGACUCCCUGGUCACCAUAUCCACUAUCGCUGGCAGCCGAUACGUCGGGCCCAUUCGUGGAGAGGUGGAGCAGUGGCAGAAAGACCUCCUGCUGUUCCAGGAGACGCUGGAUGAGUGGCUCAACGUUCAGCGGAAUUGGAUGUACCUGGAGUCUAUCUUCAACGCAGGAGACAUCAAGAAGCAGCUGCCGGCCGAGUCCGCCAAGUUCCAAGAGAUCGAGACGUAUGAGUACGCCGUGGCACUGAAGGCUGCGACAAAGCCGGGACGUCUGGACCUGUUCAAGAAAGCGAGCGAGACACUGGACCAAAUCCAGAAGCAGCUGGAGGACUACCUCCUGUCCAAAUGCGUCGCCUUCCCUCGAUUCUUUUUCUUGUCCAAUGCGGCAUCCUCAGACGAAGCUGCAUUCAUGUCGCCAUCGGUCACCUUGGCGACUAAGGAUGAGCUGCUUGAGAUCUUGUCUCAGGCGAAACGGAGCGGCCCGGUCGACGAGCACAGUUGGGGCGAUGCUCGUCCGGCCGUGAACCUAGAUCCUUCCGCUCCGGGAGGAGAUGCUGCUGAAGUCCCGAUCGCGAUGAUGGCCCAGUCCGUCGCAGAGGGCCACUAUGCUUUCGACCUUGAGUGCCGGGAGCACAGGCUCCGACAGUGGGCCCGGCGCAUCGCCACCAAGCAGCAGCCGGUGUCCAGGUCCAGGUCACCGGCUGGCCGAGUGUCCGCCCCGUCCGAUGGGACCAAUCCGAACUCUUUGUUCCGCCUCCGCCAGUACCAGCACGCGUCCAGUUCGGUGGAGCCCAGCCGGCAGCCACAAGGUGGUCCAGGUGACGACGUCAGGCGCUCUUCAAUCACAACGCAGUCUCCCGUGUGGCAGCACGGGGAGCGUGUGGUCGAGCCCAAGGAGAAGAAACCAGCCAGGUCACAUACGUUACCCCGCGUCCUUUGGACGCUGGUGCCCGAUGGAGUGUGGACAGUCCAGGUACUCCUUGGGCCCUUGGGCGUCCAAACUUGCAAGAAAGCUGACGUUCGUUUGCUCUUGGGUCUUCGGGAGGGUAGGCCAGUUUCCGACUUCUGGUCGAGUUGCUACCGUCGCUUAAGCCAAGGUUCCUACCAAGUGUCUCCAGGUGGAUGGAUGAAAGCACGGCCCUGCCACAGCUGCGUUCGUCCACCAACGGAUGGGGCGCCAUCUACUUCGGCCCGUCAGUUCAACGAUGGAGCUUUCGUGCGCAAGUUUGGGGACGGCUCCAACUCCACGGACAUCCAUGCAAUGAUCUCGGGAGAAGGUGAAGAGAUUCCUUUUUUCAAGAUGCUGAAGGCCAGAAAUGGCGUCGAAAAAUGGCUCAGUGCAGAAGGCGGUGUGGAGGAAUACAUGGUGAAGACCUGCAGGGCAGAAGUGAAGAAAGGCUGGGAGACCUAUGCGCUCGAGUCGGAUCGCAAGGAGUGGGUUCGGAAGCAGUACUGCCAGGUAAUGAUCACCGUGGGCUCGAUCUACUGGACACUGGAGACAGAGGAGGUGCUAAAUGCCACAGAGGGCAACAAGGUCAUCAUGAUGGGCAAGUGGUUCCAGAAGAACAAAGCCCAGCUUGGGGGUCUUACGGAAUCUCGACUGCUGCCUUUGGUCGUGUACACCCGUGAACUGAUUCGCGACAAGCUGGAUAAGCUGCAGCGGAAGGGAGUCGUUGCACUUGUCACGCAGGACGAUCUUCUCGUUGAUGUGCACAACCGCGAUAUCAUCCAGGAUCUCUUCGACAACAAGAUCACAAGCUUCCAGAACUUCAAGUGGCAGCAGCAGCUGCGGUACUAUUGGGAUCCAGAGUUGGAUGGUGGCCACGGCGACUGCUGCAUUCGCCAGGUGGAUGCCUUCAUCCUGUAUGGUCAUGAGUACAUGGGUGCAUUGUCACGUCUGGUCAUCACCCCACUGACGGAUCGAUGCUGGAUGACUAUCACGGGAGCGCUGCACAUCAAGCUGGGUGCUGCUCCGGCAGGCCCUGCUGGUACAGGAAAGACGGAGUCCACCAAGGAUCUGGCCAAGGGUCUCGCUCGACAAUGUGUCGUUUUUAAUUGUUCAGACCAGAUCAACUACCAAAUGAUGGGCAAGCUGUACAGCGGAGUUGUGAG